UUCUUCUCCUCUCUCUCUCUCUCUCUCUCUCUCUCUCUCUCUCUCUCUCUCUCUCUCUCUCUCUCUCUCUCUCUCUCUCUCUCUCCAUCCCCGAGUGUAGAAAUCACAGUUACUCCUUAUUAAGCUCGCGAAUUGAUCAAAAUUAUACAAUCAGUGUUGCGAAUUACAUGAUUACGAAGGAGGAAGGAAACAUUAUGGUGUCAGAAUGCAGCUCCGAGACAAGAAUUCCGUUCGCCAUAGUCUGACCUUUCGCAUGACAAUGAAAGCCCAUCACAGAGGCAUAGUGGCUUAAUAUUCCCUUUGAAAGUCGCGUGUGUGUGUUUAUGUUUAGAGUUGGAGAACCGAAGCAUAACACCAAGACGGAUAAGUUAGCGGCAGAAUGGAGUAUAUUGCUUUUCUGUGAAAUGAACUCAACUUGGCGACCAUGAAGAUCUUAAAGUUCCGGCUGCGAAGCUUCGCCCUCCUGACGGUGGUGCUGACACUCACGCUCUUCCUCCUGAACCUGUCUCCCUCUGCUGUCAGCCAACACUUCUUCCGGUUGUCAGCGACCGACAGCCUUCCUUCGGCGAAGAAUCAGUCCAAAACAGAAUCAGCGGGAGCGCUGUUUAGCAAGAGAGUGUAUUCGGAUCCCUUCAAGGAGGCGGCGUCGCAAGGAGAUAAGGAUGCCGUGAAUUCCAGCCGACAGGACGCGGGGGAAGGGGGUCCUGGAGACGAGGCAGCCCAGGAGGACGCGAAGAACCAACGAGAACCGAAGGGAAACGACACAGGUGACUCCGGAGAACGUACGAGGGAGAAAGAGGAACAAAACCCGGGCUCGCGAAACGGCGAAGCUUCGAAGACGAACAGCUCGGGAAGGAUCGACGAGGCGGGAGGUUCGUACGUGCGACAGGGCAUUGCAGACGGCGAGGAACACGACUCCUACGUGCAGGACUACCCCGACUACACCCCGGCUGAGUUCGUCGAGGUCCUGAAGACGAAGCUCUCCUCCAAAGUCAAGAAGCCCGCGAGAAUCUCCGGCAAGGGGCGCGACGCGAGACCCCGGCCCGAUGAGAAGUUCUCCCGCGAGGCGCUGCAGGAGAGGGCGCUCGAGUUUCCCGAGAAGUCGCCCUUGCGGAAGUUCCUGGCUGAACAGGAGCGGCGAGUCAAGCAUUUAAGAGGGACGUGCCCACACCUGCCUGCUCCUGACACCUCCCUCGACUCCAAGGGUCCGCCGCCUGGCCUCAUGGAUAUACAUAAUCUUAUAUUCGACAGAAUAAACCUCCUGACGUUCUGCCCGGUGUACAAGGCCGCCAGCACCUCCUGGACCAUCACCCUCCUCGAAAUCGGCGGGUACAAGCGAGCCAAGAACAUUCCCUUGCAGAAACUCGUCAGCCAAGUGUACCCCAAGAUAUCGAAUCUCGCUGGACCCGCGGUAGCCCGGAGGACGACCAAGUUCAUGAUCGUCCGCCACCCCUUCGAGCGCCUCCUCUCCUGCUUCAGGGACAAGUUCGAGUACGGGAAGAAAUCCUAUUACUACAAGCGCUACGGGGAGAAAAUGGUCCGGCGGUACAGGGAGUUCCCCAAGUACGUCAGCGAGGGACAGCUCGGCCUCCUACAAGAACAAGUCCGGAACAAGGUGAUGGCAGGACUCCCCGUAGUCCUGAGGGGGAAUCCCUUCGCUAGUCCUGUGGGGCCGACGUUCCUCGAGUUCGUGCAGUACGUGAUCGACAGCAAACACGAGGACGAGCACUGGAGGACCUACUACAGCCACUGCUCUCCGUGUCUUAUGGAUUAUGACUUCGUUCUCAG